GUUACCUGGAUAGUAGAUAAUCCAAGAGGAGAAUGCGUAUGCAAGCACAGGACGUGCACUCGGCUGCUCGGUCAACAAGACCGCGAACUCGCCAUGUCAGCAUUUACUGUAAAAUCUCAAAUAACAACAAUGUUUCACGCUCGCUUGAGUCCCCUCAGCCCCAGCCGGCCAAGCCGGCCCGCAAACUUGCAUCGAUUGUGCUUGCUGCGGCUGUGGCGCUUUCUCCGCUCGUGCCAGCGACUGACGUGGCAGCAUCGGAGGCGGUUGCGACAAGCAGCGCGGCGCUGGAGCUUCAGCAAGCAUAUGACAAGUACUCCGCCUCCUACGACGAGCUGGAUGGCGGCGCGGCGGCGGACGCGCUCGGCUUCCCGCAGCUGCGGGCGCAGCUGCUGGCGCAGGCCCGCGGUCGUACGCUGGAGGUGGCUGUGGGCACCGGCCUCAACCUGCAAUACUACGACUGGGCGCAGCCUGCCCCCGCCGCCGCCACCGAAGCAACCGGUGGUGGUGGCGAGGAAGAAGCCGCCGCCACUGCCGCCGCCAGCUCGGGCGUAACAUCACUGGACACGGUGGACCUGAGUCCCGGCAUGCUGGCACAGGCGAGGGCGCGGGUGCGGGGCAGUCCGGGACUGGCGGGCCGCCCCAUUGCCUUCCAACAGGCUGACGUGGCGGCGCUGCCGUACGCCGACUCGGCCUUCGACACGGUGGUUGACACGUUCAGCCUGUGUGUUUUCCCCGACCCCCAGGCAGCCAUGCACGAGCUUGCACGGGUUGUGCGGCCAGCAAGCGGCGGCGGCGGUGGCGGCGGUGGGCGGCUGCUGCUGCUGGAACACAGCCGGUCAGACAACCCGCUCCUAGCUGCUUACCAGGAUGCUACUGCCGGCCCCGUGGCGGCCUUGGGCAAGGGCUGCGUUUGGAACCAGGAUGUGGAGGCUAUGGCGGCUCGCGCUGGGCUCGUCGUGACACGGGCGGAGCGGUUUGCGGCGGGCACGGUGGAAUUGUUGGUCGCAGAGAAGCCGGCGCCGCCACAACAAUAACUAUCUAGAUUCACAACAGCCCUUCUAGCAAGCAUUUCUCUGAGAUGACUUAUGACCAGCAUGCUACCAUCUAAGCUAGUAGACAGUAUAGUGGCGGAUGUGAUGCUGCUUGGGCAAGUAGGCGCGUCAACAGUUGAUGGGGGCACGCACGGUGUGGUUGCGAGUGCUAGUUGGGGAGGAGUAAGCCACCGCCGCCACCGUCACCGUGGGCAAUAGUGGGCUGAGCCAUGUACCUGUGCGUGUGUGUGUGUUACAUGAUUGGAAGUCUGCACUCCUAAUACCUGCAACAAGAUUAACCGAGCCGCAAGGGCCCCCCAUCUACUGGAACUGCUGGAUUGUUAGCAGUGCUCGUAUCUUAAGAAGGCAGGCGCGGCGCCAGUGACAGAUUUCCGAAAACAGGCAUCUUUAAUUUUCAGAAACCCG